AUGUCCACUCCCGUUGACCUUCAGCUUGAUCUCGUUUCGGGCCCGGCCCAGCUACUCUCUACAGCCUUGUCAACCUACCAGAUGGCUCGAGGCAGCAGACGAACCGUCAACUGGAGUCUCGUCACCUUCUCUCCGGUAUUGCGCUAUGUUACUCAACAAAGUAAGAGCAUGGCGAUUGCGUCUGUUAUUGACAAACAGAACUCCUGGUGGAAAGGGAGAUGGUGGUGUGGCAGCAGACUUGGGCCAUUCUGGAACAAUCUAAUUGUCAACCAGAAUCAUAACACUGCCGGAAUGAGCCAAUCUCUCCUAGCCGUGGCAUUGGAGUUAACAUCAGUAAUGUCGCAAACAGAAUCCGCCGAGGUCAUGCUGGGCCUUCUGUAUCCUGGAAAUGCGACGGACAACGCUGUAGUAAUUGCAGGAUCUCUCGGCUCGCUUCCCUUAACCAUUGGAGAUGUCAUGCCAGCACUCCGGGAAUUGGAAAACCAGGGCUCCAACAUGUACAUGGCAGAUGAAAGGGCAAAAUUCGAGGAAUCUUUUUUCAAAGCGCUUGGACCCGAUGUCCCCGGAACGUCCACUCAUCUUUUCGGAGUGUACACGCCCGCCGACGUUCAGAGGCACUGGAAGCGGUCAAAGAGUUGCUGGGAAGUGCUGAGGGAAGCGAAGCCGAGAUAA